UCCGUCCCGGGACGCGCCGCUGCCGCCAUGGCCCAGCCCCGGUGCCCGCCGCUCUCCGAGCCCUGGAUCUUCCCCGCGGGCUGGGGCGCCGCUCAGCCUCCUGCGCCCUCCGACCGGGGCCGCGGCUGCUCCCCCGCCUCGUCCCCGAACUCCUGGGGCAGCGCCCCGGCCGGCAGCCCCGCGCCCAGCCCCCGGCGCCCCGGCGCCCGCGCAGCCCCGCGCGGCCCUCGUGCGGGCAGGAGCGGCCGCCUGGGCGGCGGGCAGCGGCGGAGCGCCAGCGAGCGCGAGAAGCUGCGCAUGCGCACGCUCGCCCGCGCGCUGCACGAGCUGCGCCGCUUCCUGCCGCCGUCCGUGGCGCCCGCCGGCCAGAGCCUCACCAAGAUCGAGACGCUGCGCCUGGCCAUCCGCUACAUCGGCCACCUGUCGGCCGUGCUGGGCCUCAGCGAGGACAGCCUGCGGCGCCGGCGCCCGCGCCCCCGGAGCAGCGACGCGGCGCCCCCUCGGGGCUGCCCGCUCUGCCCCGACGGCGGCCCCGCGCAGGCGCACGCGCGCGGCUUGGGCCCCGCCGCCCCCGCGGCAGGGUCUUGGGGGCCCGCGCCCGCCUGUCCCGGAGCCGCAGGGGUGCCCGUGCUCUACGAGGAGGCAGCGUGCCCCGACGGGCUGGCGGUGCAGCCGGGCCCCUCGUCUCCGCUCUUUCCUGCCCACGUGCUGGCCCAGCUGGAGACCUGGAUGCCCCCCUCGCCCCUGGAGUGGCCCCCCGGCCUGAGUGGUUGACGUGAUGGCGGACAGCUGGCGGCCUGUCUGUGAGCACUGCGGUCUUUGCGGCCUCCGCACCUUGGAAGGGCUCCCUGUCCAGACCCCCUCCCCUGGCGGAGGGCGGCGGCGAGGCUGGCCAGGGCAGGCCUGCGGGUGAGAGCCUGUCCCACCUGGAUGACCUUCCCCCGCCCCUGCCGCGAUGGGACCCGCAGAGUGGACGGACGCUUUGAGGCAGGCGGGAGGCUGUGCUUAGGGCGUAUUUAUUUAUUUGUGAAUAAACUGUGCUGGUGUCAA